UUGUGUGUGCUCGAGUCUCGUUGCGAACUUACUUACUUAUAGGUAAGUAGGUGAGCAUCAAAAAUAAAAAAUGGCUGCGUCGUCAUUGGCGGCGGCAGUGUAGGCGCACACGCGCGCAUUGCACGCUUUCGCCGAUUCUGCGGGACAAAAACAUCAGUAUGUAAUCGGAUUUUGCUCGUAGAAUCGCGAAUUAAGUAUUUUGCAUAUCUAUAACAUCACCUUUGAUUUAGGUACCUAUUAGAAUUACGUAUAAAAAGAAAGCAUCAUCACACAAUCUGCACGCGCGCGCGCGCGCCGGCUAUCGCUAUAAUUCACAAUCUCGGAAUUGUCAUAUUUGUUUAUUUGUUUUUUAUUUUUAUUUUAAAAUUGUACACAUACGCAUCACUUGUCUUGCCAUUGACGGAAAAAGAAGAAUAUCUUGACGAUUACCGUUCGUUCAAUUGUUUUUAUACUUGCUGGUGUGUAACCCCUUAUUCAAGUAGAACCGUGCGAGCUGACAACUUGAACCAUAUAAAUAAUGACGAAAGGUACGCUGGUAGCGCGACCGAUUGAAAAAAUGAAAGCCAAAGAAAUGGCUCUUAAAAUGGAGUGCACAGACGAGCCAUUGACACCGUGUCAAGAGGCAGCAAGAAAGAAAAUCAAAGAUGAAUGCAGCAAGGUAAAGAAAAUGUUGGAAUCUCUAGUAAAACAACAUAAUGGAACUCUAAUAUGUCAAGCUGGUGCAGUCAGUGCUUACCAGUACCAGUUGCCUUCGAGUGCUCCACCCGCUGCAGCUCUCGUUAAACCAAAUGCCCAAACUCAAAUGAUUAGCGUUAAUCAAAAUACUGCUCCUAAUAAUCAAACGAUCAAGCUUAAUAUGUUGAACAACACUGCAACCACUCAAGGCAACAUGCAGUUAGUGAUUGAUCCUCGCAUGGGUGUCAUCCUUGGCACUGUAGCACCACAACAAGGAAUAGUUACUGCACCUGUAUCUUUGAUGACAAAUAUUACAAAUAACACCUCGACAACUAUGAGUACUAUGACUACUGCAUCUCCAGUAGUGGCCCCAAUUACACCAGUACCCCAGCAGGUGCCGAAUGAUCAACUCAAAUUUCAGCUAAAAGCAACAAGACCAGUACGGAAAAGUAAAACUCCACAAAUGCCAGUACAGCAACCGGAAAUUAUUGAAGAGCAGACACCACCACCACCACCACCACCUACUAUCAUAAAACGAAUUACAAAACCAUCUGGAACAACUCACGUCGUUGCACCCAGUACUUCAACUACACCGCAAGCUACAUCAAAUUUCAGAGUAAAAACUGUUACCAAACAAACCGUAAUGCAUAGGCCACAUGAAACAAACAGCAUUGGUGGUCUUAUGAUUGGCAACAAAAUGGCAUCUGGUGAAAUGAUUGAUGAGUCAAAGAAAAAUCAACCUGAUGGCAAAGAAAUAAGCUUCAACAAGAUGAACGGUGGUCGAACAUAUCCAUCGCUAGUAGUAGUCGCCAGACCUAAUCUGAAAAUCAAAAACGUUACUUCACAGGCUGCUCAAAAGGAGAGAUCAGAAUUGGACAUCAAAGUAAAGGGCGUUCUCAUGUAUCAGUCAAACAAGUUCACGGAGUGGCUCUUACAGCAAGGGCUUGUACGAUCGGAGCAUUUUUGCGACAAGCAUCCAAAUAAUAGUCUAAAACUCGGCCAAUACACUGAUGCAGCGCAAAACUUCAACUAUUCCGGUGGUUACGUCUGGAUCACUUCCUGUUGUCCUGAUCGCUUUGUGUCUGUAUUCUGUGGAUCCAUCUUUCAAGGUUCGCCGCACUCGCCAACUGUACUUCUCAAGCUCGUCUACCACUGGGCAUGCCAGACUAACGUGCAGAACGUAGUAUCGUGGGUCAAAGUCACAAACUACUAUGUAAAGACGUUCUACACAAAUCUUCGGAGUAUCUGUACUGCUGCUAUAGCCGAGAAAUGCAAGAAAAUGGGUGGUAAAAAUUCACUUAUUCAGGUUGGCGUAAUAAGUCUAGGAACUACGUCUCAGGAUGGCAACCUACGCCAAGUUAAAGUGGAAGUUUUGGGCAUACUCGAUCCAGAUACCAUGGAGUUACGUUUGCGUGCCUGCGAGCCUGUCAAUGACAUCGACCGUUCGUACCGCCGUAGAUUUACAAACAUCCUGCAUCCGCUAACCGAAUGGGUGCACAAAGAUUCCAAGAUCUUGACGGACUUUACUGUUGACAAGGCAACUUUGCAAGAAAUGGGCUUUCACAAUAUUAGUCAGACUGCCUUUGGCGAACAGAAUCCGAGAAGCAUUUCGAGCAAUUAUCACAUAAUGGAGUAUCUGAGAAAAAUCGUGCCCAGAAUGUUUCAAAACACAUUGAGUCUACUCAGCAGGCAAAUGAUUCAACAAUUUCUGGAUGAACUCGUGUGGAGGGAGAUGUAUGGUGGAACAGCGCUCAGAGCCUUUGAAAAUAUCCUCACUCAUAUUAAUGAACAAACUCAACUUAACUCAGACAUACCACUUCUCGAAAGAUUGACAAAGAUUUCGGCAAAUCCAUUCGCCGAUUGGUCGUACAAGCAUAUUCCAUCAAAAAUGACCCUGCCAACUUCACCCCCUACAGCGGGCAACAGUGGCAGUAGCAAUCCUGUAGUAUCAGGCCCAUUCCAAGCUCCCAUGGUCACCAUUCCAAAAGAUCCAGCUAUCCAGUCGGCCAUAGACUUGGACUCCGUGUCGCGUCCUGUAACCAACAAAAGAGCCAACCGUAAGCGCCCUUACGCUCCAGCUAGUCCUGAAAUUACCGUAGAACACACCGUUACACCGGAAUCGAGACUUCUAAGUGACGGUAAAACGGAUCAGGUAUCGCUUUACGAGUUUUACUAUGGGACCAUGCAGCCCGAGAAACCUGAUAAAGCCGCCAAAGAGAACAAGAUUGUGUUUAACUUUAAUUGUUUUUUGUGUUCUGCAACAAUGCAUUCAAACACAGAAAUCAUGGAACACAUGGUCAGUCACGUACCACCCCAAGUACCCGGCCAAUCAGAUCCACCAGUUUGCCGCUACUGCUGCACAGCAUUUUCAUCUCAGCAUCAGAUGAGCGUCCACAUAACCGAAGCUCACAGUAAUUUCGGCAAAUCGGACAGUGUUAUGCUUGUAUGUGCUAUUUGCGAGCAAAAAUUCGGCUCCGGCGGUCUCUUGAUAAAUCACUUGUCGUCGAUGCACUAUCCUUCAGAAAUGCCGUAUCGCUGUGACACCUGCAGCUAUCGCACUUCAAGUCACAAGGACGUGAUCGACCAUUACUACACCGCUCACGACAAGAGCGACAGUGUUCAAUGUCCCUACUGCCUCAAGAUUGUCAAGUUUGUUAAAAACGGUCAGCCCCAGGCGUCCAACGUAUACGCUUACCUACUGCACAUGCAGCGUCACAUUGUUAGACGCGAAGAGAAGCUCAACAAGUGUCCCCGCUGCUGCCUCUGGUUCAAUCAAAUGAGCUCGCUCAAAGCUCACGUCGAUCUACACUGUCAGGCAAUCGGUCCUAAGGUUGUACCUUACAAAACUAGCGACAAUCCAAUAACCGUUGCUAGGUCACGUAAUUGUGUGAAACGCUAUGUCUACGAUGAUUUCGCUCACGAGAUCAUGCCUACCGACAGAGUCAAAAAAUGGUACUCGGGUCCUCUCAAGAUUCACGCGCCCAAUGGCUGUGGAUGCCAAGAGUGCGAGGAAGACGUAGACAUGAGAGAACACUACCCUGGCGAACUGAAAUGCCUGCGCUGUCGUUACGUUACCUGUUGCUGGCGCGCUUAUAAGGAGCAUCAGCGACAAAUUCAUAACGAACGACCGAUGACGAGUGUCGUCGUUCCCUCGCCCCUUGUCAAUAUUCCGCUCGAACGCGAAAUGCAGUGCACUUGCGGGUAUAAAACAACUGAUGGGAAUCACCUUGCUACUCAUUUGGUUAAGUGCAAAAAACGCACCGCAUUUCCUGCGGAAGAGACGAGACCGGGAAUGUUGGAUAGCUUAGGCCUGGUACCAAAGCCAGUAGCAUCAGAAGAAGACAAAGAUAACUCAAAAUCGCUUUUAGCUUCAAAGACGGCGCGACGCACGAGUCUGAGCAUUCGAGGAAAAGUAAGGACACCACACUCUAUUGCAGAUCAUUAAGGGCAAGAAUGCUAUUUUCUAUUUAAGUAGAGCGAUCAAACAAAUAUUCAAUACAAUUUAUCUCUAAGAAGAAAACAAUAGUUACAACUAGUGUCAAUUUGACGUAAUUAAGAAAAAUCUUCCAGAAGUAUAAUGAUCUGAUGUUGAUAUUAACUGUGUAUACUAUCAAAAUUAUGAAAACGAACUUCAAAACUUAAUCAAAUAAGCUAGUGCAAGCUUUAUAUAUUCUUUACACCAAACAUCUUAAAUAAAUUUUCUAAGAUAUA